AUAAAAAGUGCAAUUUUAAUAUAAAGUGAUAUUGUGAUAUAAAGUGAUAUAAAGUGAUAUUGUGAUAAAGAAAAGUGCAAUUAUAAUAUUAAGUUAAUUAAAGAAAAAAGUGCCAUAUUAAAGAAAGAAAUGGAUCAACAACAGCCUUCGUCAUCAAGUGGCAUUGAGAAAAAGAAGAGGAAAUGUGUGAGAAAUAAAUUUCAAUAUGAAUGGUUAAGUAUGAAUAUUUUCAAAGAUUGGUUGGCAUCGCAUGAAAACGAUGAAAAAGCUCUCUGCACAGCUUGUAAUAAGAUAUUAAUAUGCGGAAAAUCAAAUUUAAUUUCACAUUCUAAAACAGAAAAACAUGUAGAAAAUAUGAAGAGUCGUAAUAUCACUCUAUCUGUUUUAUUGCCUGUUAAACAUAAUAAUAUUUACGUGGACCAUGUUACUAAAGUAAAAAUAGCUGAGAUAAAAUUAGCUGCCUUUUAUGCAACACAUAAUAUAGCUUUUGAAGUAGUUAAUGACAUGGUUCCUUUGCUAAAAAAUAUUUUUACAGAUUCACAGAUAGCUAAAGAUCUAACAUUGUCACGGACAAAGUGUAGGCAAAUUAUUACAAAUAUUUUGGCUAAACGCGAAAGUGAGAAACUUAUUAAUAAUUUAUUAAAUAAUAAAUUUUCCAUUUUACUAGAUGAAAGUACAAGUAUUACAAAUGAUAAAAUGCUUUGCAUUUUAGUUAAAUAUUUUUCUAUAGAAAAUAAAACAGUUAUUACACAGUUAUUAGAAUUAGUUUCUUUAGAUGCAACAGAUUGUUCCGCAGAAAAAUUAUAUUCUGCGUUUGAACAGUGUUUUAAAAGUAAGAGGAUACCAAUGUCGAAUAUUGUAGGAAUGGCUUCUGAUAAUGCUUCAGUUAUGAUAGGUGAUAAUAAUUCUUUCAAGAGUAGAUUAAAGAAAGAGGUACCGGCCCUCAUUGUAUUAAAGUGUAUAUGCCAUUCCUCAGCUCUUAUCGCAAGUAAAGCUUGUGCAAAAUUGCCGGAUUCUUGUGAAAAUCUUUUACAUGCAGUUGCUACAUAUUUUUCUGGCAGUGCUAAAAGAUCAGCUAUUCUGUAUGAGUUUCAAACAUUUUUUGGAGUAGCAUCAAGAAAAAUUUUGAAAUUAUCAGGUACAAGAUGGCUCGUCUUACAAAAGUGUGUUGAGAGACUUCUCGAUAAUUGGGAAGUUUUGAAACAUUACUUCAACCUGGAAUCUUUUGAACAUAAAAAUAACUCGGCACAUUUAAUUUCUAAUUCUUUAAACAAUAAAAUUAUUAAAGCAUACAUGUUGUUUUUGAAGUAUUCUUUAACUUUUUUUAAUAGUUUUAAUGCUUUGCAUCAGUCGAGACAAAUCUUAAUUUAUAAAAUUGCUGAAAAUUGUGAGCAGUUAAUGAAACAGAUAGGAAAAAAUUUUUUGAUAUGUAAUGUUUUAAAUAAUAUUUCUGAUAAUAUUUUAAAUCCGGAAAACUUUUUACCAGUUAAUUGUAUCAAUGUUGGUUCAGACUGUGAGUCAUUUCUCUUAGCAGAAUGUCCAGAUUUUUAUAUAGAAAUAAAGUCGAAUUGUCUACAAUUUUAUAUUACCGCGAUGCAAGAAAUGCUACAUCGUUUUCCAUACAAUGAUGAAAUCUUGCGCGAAUUAAAAUUUUUAGAUCCCGAAAUAGCUUUGCAUGAGGAAAAUAGAGUCUUAUUUCCAAAUUUAACGAAUGUAGCAAAACGUUUCGGUAUAUCUGAUAUUACGACUUUAUGUAAUGAAUGGCAAAUUUUACCUUCACAAUUUGAUGACGCGAAUAAAAUUGUUUUAGCCAAUUUCGAAAUUCUUGAAAUGUGGAACACUAUUUUUGAGAAAAAAAAUUGUAAUAAUGAACCGUUCUUUCCAAAUUUAGAAAAAUUAGUACAUGGCGUUUUAUCUCUUCCACAUUCUAAUGCUGAAGCAGAGAGGAUUUUUUCCAUCGUCACUGAUGUCAAGAAUAAAAAGAGGAAUUCUAUUAGUAUCACUUCUUUAGACUCAAUUUGUAAAAUACGAUCCAGCUUUCAGGCUCAUAAUGUAGAUUGUAGCACUUUCCAAGUUGAUUCUAGACACUUGGAACUGCAUAAUACUAAAAAUUUGUAUUGCGUAGAAAGAAAAGAAUUUAAAAGUUCAAAUAAUACCAAAGAUUUUAAUGAUGAUAAUGAAUAUGAAGAUGACAUUAAUUAUGAAGUAUAUGAUGAAAUAUAGACUAAUAUUUUAUUUUAAUAUUAGC